AGUAAACAAGAGCAGGAUGGAGCCGACGGAAGAGAGCGGCAGCCAGGCCGAGGACGAGGGCAACAGUCUGGACUGGCUGCUCCGGAGCAACCCUGAGGAGAUCGUCCUGGCACCCAUGGACUCCAACGUCACCCUGGCUAGACCGCUCAGCCUGAAUCGCAUCAGUGAAACAUUCACCAGAGAGCGAAUCUUCAAGGCGGCGUCGCAGGGCGACCGAGAUCAGCUGGACGGGCUGCUGGACUUCCUGCAGUCCGAGGGCAAGAAGCUGACCAGCCCGGAGUUGACAGAUCAGAGGAAUGGGAAGACGGCUCUGCUCAAAGCUCUGCUGAACCUGAAGGACGGGAAGAAUGACACCAUCCAGCUCUUCCUGGACAUCGCAGAGGAGACCAAGGACCUGGAGCAUUUCAUUAAUGCGUCCUACACGGACCCCUUCUACAGAGGUCAAUCUCCGCUGCACGUCGCCAUCGAGAGGCGCAGCUUCGAGCUGGUGGAACUGCUGGUCCAGAAGGGCGCCGACGUCCAAGCCAGAGCCGACGGAUGCUUCUUCCAGCAGAACGGGCUCCCAGGCUUCUACUAUGGGGAGCUGCCUCUGUCUCUGGCCGCCUGCACCAACCAGCCCGCCGUCGUCUCCUUCCUCAUGGAGAACCCACACAACUGCGCCGCCGCUGCCGACAAAGACUCGCAGGGGAACACGGUGCUGCACGCCCUGGUGGUCAUCUGCGACAACACGCCCGAAAACACAGAGAUGAUCAUCGCCAUCUACGACGAGAUCCUGAUGCACCAUCACAGACUCGAGAAGAACGUUCACCUGGAAGCCAUCGAGAACAACCGCGGCUUGACUCCGCUCAAGCUAGCCGCCAAGCUCGGGAAGAUCGGCCUCCUGCAGCAUAUGAUGCACCGAGAGUUCAAGGACGAAGACACAAGAGCCUUGUCCCGGAAGUUCACAGAGUGGGUCUAUGGUCCCGUCCACUCGUCGCUCUACGACAUCAGCUCCAUCGACACCAGCGAGGAAAACUCGGUGUUGGAGAUCGUCGUUGUUGGCAGUGAAAUCCCGAAUCGACCCGAGAUUCUGAAGCUGGAACCUCUACGAAGUCUUCUGAAGGAUAAGUGGGACAGAUUCGCCUCCAAGUUGUUCCUGAUGAACUUCGUGGGGUACCUCAUCUACCUCCUCAUCUUCACCACUGCCGCCUUCUACAGGAAAGAGGGGAAGCCGCCAUUUGCGCCCCAAGAUCACGCUGACUACGCUCGAUGUGUGGGCGAGAUCUUCUCCAUCGCUGGAGCCGUCUGGUUCCUCUACAAAGCCAUCAAAGUCUUCAUGAAGACUCCUCCCAAGUUCAGCGCUCUGUACACGGACGGCUUCAGCGACAUUCUCUUCUUCCUCCAAGCCUCGCUCCUCAUCGUCGUUCCCAUCCUGUACUUCUGUGGGCGGAGCGAGUACGUGGGGCUGCUGGUCAUCUCGCUGGCUCUGGCCUGGAUCAACGUGCUGCACUACUCCAGAGGCUCCAAACAGAUGGGCAUCUACAACGUCAUGAUGCAGCGAAUGAUUCUCGGAGACAUCCUCCACUUCCUGGUCUUCUACUGCGUCUUCCUGUUCGGAUUUUCGGCCGCCAUCGUGGCGCUCAUUGAGGACGAGGUGGAGAACCUGCAGGCCUCGGUGCGCAUGGAGCCGCUGGAGUGCAAGAAGCCCAGCUACAACGACUUCCAGUUCACGCUGCUGGAGAUGUUCAAGUUCACCAUCGGCAUGGGCGACCUGCAGUUCACAGACCAUGUGCAGUACAAGGAGGUCUUCUACGUGCUGCUCAUCCUCUACAUCUGCCUGACCUACAUCCUCAUGCUCAACAUGCUCAUCGCUCUGAUGGGACACACUGUGGAGGUCAUCUCGCAGGAGAGCGAGAGCAUCUGGAACCUGCAGAGAGCCUACACCAUCCUGGACAUGGAGCGCUCGCUGCUGAGGAGGCUGCUCAACAGAUUCUUCCCCAGAGAGUCCAAUGUCAUCUGCUUCGAGGAGAAGCCCACCAGGUUCCUGAGGGUCGAGGAGGUGAACUGGAAGCAGUGGAGGUCGGACCUCAGUGUGAUCGGAGAGGAAUUCUCGGGUGAAGGUCAGAUGGAGGACGUUCCAGACAAGAAACGAGGGACAAUCUGGGACUUCUCACUUAUUUCCAAGCUCCGUCCUCGACGGCGCCCCCGACUGGACGACAAACUCCCCUGACACUUUUGUCACGUUCCACUUGUGUCCCUCGCUGCCUGAGAACUGAAAUCUCCUGUGGAGCCUCUUCAGCAGGGAGCGGUGAGGACCCUCACUUCAGUAGCAGACCACGUCAGAUUAUUUGGCGCCACCACAGACACCGCUGUAUUCCGACCACGUCCAGUCUAGUUCAUUAUUGCUAACCAUAUUAGGUCAAUGAAACCAGAUUUGUUACAACAUGAAGUGAUGAAGUCAGGACGAACAGAGAUUACAAGAUUAUGCAAGAACCUGGUGUCAAGGUUUAAUAUAAUACCACCACCCAAUGAAUAUUCCUCAUGAGACAAUCUGGGGAUUUAAUCUGAAGUUAUACAAAUAUUUAAGAAGAUAAUCUGAGGCAAACAAAUUCAGUUAAAAUAUGGAUUAUAUCCACAGGCACACGUUACCAUGUUGAAUUAUUCAAAACAUUUUUUUCACAUUUCUCCUAGUUCAGGUGGUGAAAGUAAACUGUCAAUAAUCCACAUUACCCAGAUUAGGAUGACAAAGCAAGCGAUGUCUAGAUGCACUCACAUUGGGAAAAUCCCAGCUUCAUCUGAAGAAGUGGGAAAAUUGAGGAUUGCUUUCACUGGGAUUAGAAGGUCAAAGUAUUUAUUCUACAAACCUUUUCUGUUGAUUUACAAUGAAAUAUUGAUUUUAUGAUUUUGGCCAUAAUUUACAACAAACUAUUGGCAGAAUAGUCUGUUGAGUUUGACGACAAAGCAAAAGAAUGAGUGAGUGAAAAAAGAGAAAGAAACAAGCAUUUCUGUAUGCAGAGGAAACUUCUGAAUACUUCUGGUGUCGACUUGUGCAUUAAAAGAAAAGAACA